AUGCUCCUGCCCCGCCAAGAACCGGCCGGCGACCCGGCUUUCACGAGCGAUGACGAUGAUUACGUUUACGACUCUUUCUGGUUCUCUCAGACUGGCAUAAUCAUCAAGUAUGUCCUCUUCGGGACCUCCCUGUUCAUCUUCUUGGUGUGGUUCAUUGGCGGCUACAUCCACGCCCAGCGGCGGAUGAAGAAGGGGCUCCCGCCCUUAGCCUACCACAAGUGGCUCGUCCCGAGAUACCAGCGUGCUCGCUAUGAACCGCAGCUGCAAGGCGUAGUCUACUACCAGUAUCACGGCCAGCGCCCGCAAUACUACGCCCCUGGCCAGAACGGCUUCCCAAUGCAGGGUUACCCGGAGCCUCCACCGCUGUACAGCCAGGACAUGCCGCCUACCUACCAGCCUCCCCCUGGAGCCACCAAGGCUGACCCGCAACAACACUACGGUCCUCCGUCGCCGCAGUAUGCACCACCACCAGGACCGCCACCUUCUACCUCUCAGGUCCCGCAAGGCCCUCAGCAGACUGGUGUUCUCAUCGACGAACCCACCGCUCCCGCGCAGGCGCACCACACGGGGAGCUCGAACCCUUUUCGCCUUUAG